ACUCUGAAUAGCCAAUAGUAUCCAAGCGAUGUCUAAAUUAUACUACCUACUGCCAACCCUGCAUCUCGAUCAAGAUAGUCUAAACCCCUAUCUAACCAUGCCAUACUCUUCAUCAUAACUAUGAGUCUAGUAUAUUAUAGCUAUCCUCCGGAUUGUCUCAAGAACUAUAAAGCCUGCCGUAGAGACAAGUCAGGCGUUUACAUAUUCCCAGAAUGUGAAGCAUUAGAGUACAGACACUAGAUUAAUCAUCAUGAACAUGAAGACUUUCGUUGCUACCUGUCUAGGCUUCAGCAGCCUUGCCCUCGCUGCUGUCCCGGGCUUUGACAUUUCUCACUACCAGUCGAGCGUAGACUUUGGGGCAGCAUAUAGCUCUGGAGCUCGUUUCGUUAUCAUCAAAGCUACAGAAGGCACCACCUACCAAGACCCCAGUUUCAGCACCCACUACACCGGCGCCACCAAAGCCGGCCUCAUCCGCGGCAGCUACCACUUCGCGCGCCCCGGCUCGUCCUCCGGCGCCGCCCAGGCAACGUACUUCCUCGCGCACGGCGGCGGGUGGUCGGGCGACGGGAUCACGCUGCCGGGGAUGCUGGACCUAGAAGGCGAUUGCGCGGGCUUGUCGACCAGCGCCAUGGUCUCGUGGAUCGGGGACUUUAGCGAUACGUAUCGCGGCAGGACGGGGCGGUAUCCCCUGCUGUAUACGAAUCCGUCGUGGUGGUCGAGUUGUACGGGCGGGUCGGGCGCGUUCGUCAAUACGAAUCCGCUUGUGCUUGCGCGGUAUGCUGGUAGCGCGGGUGCGUUGCCGGGGGGGUGGCCGUAUUAUACGAUUUGGCAGUUUAAUGAUGCGUAUAAGUAUGGGGGCGAUUCGGAUACGUUUAAUGGCGAUCUCACGCAGUUGAAGAAAUUGGCUUCUGGCUAAUACAUUAGGUACCUAGGUAGCUAAUUGGAACAAUUCUUGUUGCUGCGUUUAGAAUACUUUUGCUUGGGGGAUUUUUCUCCUGCUAAUGGGUACAUCACGGGCCGCUUUUAUUGGAUAAUUAGCUUGUUGAUUUUGGUCUUUUUAAAGGCGGCAUGAGUAUUUUCUAGAAAGUUUCUGGGUUACUUGAUAUAUUCUAGACUUAUGUCCU